AUGGACGCGGCGCUGCUCUACAGCCUGUUGGAGGCCAACUGCAGCCUGGCGCUGGCCGAAGAGCUUCUCUUGGACGGCUGGGGGCUGCCCCUGGACCCCGAGGGUGCCUACUCCUACUGCAACACGACCUUGGACCAGAUCGGGACGUGCUGGCCCCGGAGCGCGGCCGGAGCCCUGGUGGAGAGGCCGUGUCCUGAGUACUUCAACGGCGUCAAGUACAACACGACCCGGAAUGCCUAUCGAGAGUGCUUGGAGAAUGGGACAUGGGCUUCACGGAUCAACUACUCACAGUGUGAGCCCAUUUUGGAUGAUAAGCAGAGGAAGUACGACCUGCACUACCGCGUCGCCCUCGUUGUCAACUACCUGGGUCACUGUGUUUCUGUGGCUGCCCUCGUGGCUGCCUUCCUGCUUUUCCUGGCCCUGCGGAGUAUCCGCUGUCUGCGGAAUGUGAUUCAUUGGAAUUUGAUCACCACCUUUAUCCUGCGCAACGUCACGUGGUUCCUGCUGCAGCUCAUUGACCACGAAGUGCAUGAGAGCAAUGAGGUCUGGUGCCGCUGCGUCACCACCAUCUUCAACUACUUCGUGGUGACCAACUUCUUCUGGAUGUUCGUCGAGGGCUGCUACCUGCACACAGCCAUCGUCAUGACCUACUCCACCGAGCGCCUGCGCAAGUGGCUCUUCCUCUUCAUCGGAUGGUGUAUCCCCUGCCCUAUCAUUGCUGCCUGGGCCAUUGGCAAGCUCUACUAUGAAAACGAACAGUGCUGGUUUGGCAAGGAGCCUGGUGACCUGGUGGACUAUAUUUACCAAGGCCCCAUCAUCCUUGUGCUCCUGAUCAAUUUUGUAUUUCUUUUCAACAUCGUCAGGAUCCUCAUGACAAAACUGCGAGCAUCCACGACAUCGGAGACAAUCCAGUACAGGAAGGCGGUAAAGGCCACCCUGGUUCUCCUGCCCCUCCUGGGCAUCACCUACAUGCUCUUCUUCGUCAACCCUGGGGAGGACGACCUGUCGCAGAUCGUGUUCAUCUAUUUCAACUCCUUCCUGCAGUCAUUCCAGGGUUUCUUUGUGUCUGUCUUCUACUGCUUCUUCAAUGGAGAGGUGCGCUCGGCUGUGAGGAAAAGGUGGCACCGCUGGCAGGACCAUCACUCCCUCCGAGUGCCUGUGGCCCGGGCCAUGUCCAUCCCCACGUCGCCCACACGGAUCAGCUUCCACAGCAUCAAGCAGACGGCCGCCCUGUGAGCCCCCCGUCACCCCGCUCGCUCAUCACUCACCAUCAGGACAGCUUCCCUAUCCCGUGGGCUGCCUCUCUCUGGGUUCACUUUGCCACCUCGCAGCUCAGGCCCUGGUGGGGGCACAAGGGAGUGAAGAGAUCAGCUGGCCAGCCCUGCUAGAGAGGGGUGUGCAGCAGCAGGCAACAGGAGAGGCUCUCAGGAGCCAGGCCGGCUAGGUACAAUGUCUCAGUACAGAGGGAGCAGAGGGAUGUCACCGAGACACCUGUCCCUGCAGAAGAGCCUCUCUCCCGGCAUCCUCACUAUAGCCCCACUCACAGGCAAGGAAACAGGCCCAGCACCAGGAAGGGCCUGUCCAAGCCACACAGCUCAUUCAUGGCAGAGCGGGGACUCCCCGCUCUGUGCAGGCUUUCCCACCAACAGCAGGGUAACAUCUGGCCUAGCUCCCUGCUCCCUGCCUUCUGCCUCCCAGCUCAGGCUGGCCUCUGCAGUGGAGGAGGCAGGGCACAGCAGCUGGAAGCAAGGAAUUAGUUUGGUUUCCUCCCACGGGCUCUCACCUACACGCCACCCCAGGGCAGGUCAUCUCUCUGCCCGUCCCUACCCAUCCUCCUGUCCCUGGGUCCUGGAAAAGAUGCUGCUUCCUGUCCCAGGAGAGCUUUUCUCAACCUAGUCCACAGACUCAGGGCCUUGGGGAGGGACGCUAGAGGAGGAAGGUGCAGCUAGGAUAACCCUACGCUCUUAAGCCAACCGGAUACAUAGUACAGAUGAAACGAGGAGGAGAAGCAUGGUGGCCGGGGGCAAGGAGUAGAAAACCAACUAGGUCUUCGGUGAUUGGAACAAAUCGCCCACCUCCCACUUUAGACUGGGCUUCGAUUCAGCCUCCCCUUCAGAAACAUCUCGGCUCUCUGUGAAAUAAACCAUGCCUCUGUGGAAACAGCCUUCCCUCAGGUCAAGUCAACCAGGCAUACGAAGGGGUGCUGUGGCCAAGGAGGGGGAGCUGGAUCCAUUCUCAUUUGCAGAGCCCACGGCCCUGGCCUAGGGCUGGUUCUCCUCUGACCUGUGUGUCUGCCAGCCUGUCCCUUCCUUUUUCCCCCAAGAGUCUCUACCCCUCCUCUCCUACCGACAGCAGUUUAAUUCAGCACAGAGGAGAGAGGGGCAGCUCACCCAGCACGCCUUGCUCCGUCCCAAAGCCAGUGUCUGAAAUCCGGAAGCAGGUAUAGACCACACCCCACAGUAUCCAUGAACAACACCACAGGACGUUUCCAGGAGAGGGUUGGAGUGGACAAGAGGAGGCAGGAGCCAUCAGGUCGGGGUUGAAAAGAGCUUCUGCUCUGGGAAUACCACCAACAUAUUUUUUAAAAUAAUUAUCCCAUCUUGCAUAUUCUUCAGUUGACAUCUAAUAUUAUUUAGACUUUUAAAUUGGCAAGAGGUGAUUUCUGGCUUUUGGCAAAUAUUUACAUUUUAAAAUAAAACUGCCAAAACACUUUAAAAUACAUCACUAAGAAUCCAAACACAGCCGUGAUUUAAUAGCCAGGCUCUUCUGUUUGAAAAAAACAAGCUAACCAGCUCUUCCUCAACAGCUGGAAAUUUUACAUUGUCCCUUCUUUUUUGGAACUUGUAUCUUCAUUCCAUUUCCCCCAUAGGAUUUUAUACUAAUGCAGUGUUUUUAUGGGUUAAAGUCUUUCCUUGAUUACCUUCUCCUACUUCUCUGCCACAAAAUAUAUUUGGAAAUUGAAAUAGAAAUAUUUA